AUGAGUGGUCUUGCCAUUGACGAUGCCGUUAUUGGCGCGAAGCACAACCCAGCUUUGGCAGAGACGAUUCCUGAGAAGCAUGAGAGCGAAGUCCCAACUUAUACCAAGGAAGCAAAGAUAACGGCGGAGGAAGAUGACGAUUACCCAACUGCUGAGGAGCUGGAUUCGUUACGGAGGAUUCCUGACAAGGUCCCAUGGAAGGCUUUCCCAAUUGCAUUUGUGGAGCUUUGCGAACGAUUCUCCUACUACGGCACGACUGUUGUCUUCACGAAUUUCAUCCAGCAGCCGCUUCCACCUGGAUCUCGAACCGGUGCUGGCCAUGAGGGCCAGUCCGGAGCUCUUGAUCUUGGACAAAGAGCCUCAACCGGUCUCGGUACUUUCAACCAGUUUUGGGUUUACUUGAUGCCGCUUGUUGGCGCCUACGUAGCAGAUACCUACUGGGGCCGCUACAAGACCAUCUGUGUAGCCCUUGGAAUCACACUUAUCGGCCAUAUUCUUCUCAUCGUUUCAGCACUUCCCGAUGUUAUCGAAAACCCCAACGGAUCGGUUGGAUGUUUUUCAAUCGCAAUCAUCAUUAUGGGUCUCGGAACUGGUGCUUUCAAGGCUAAUAUCUCCCCACUUGUCGCUGAGCAAUAUACUCAAACCAGGAUGAAAGUAACGACUCAACCGUCUGGAGAAAGAGUGAUUCUAGACCCCGCACUCACCACUAACAAAAUCUACAACUGGUUCUACCUCAUGAUCAACAUUGGUGCGCUCGUUGGACAGAUUUCCAUGGUUUACGCUGAGAAAUAUGUUGGGUUCUGGCUUUCAUUCACUCUCCCAACUGCCGUGCUCAUGCUCUGCCCACUCGUCAUGUUUUGGGGAAGAAAUAAGUACAUUACGCACCCACCGGCUGGAAGCGUUCUUUCUAAGGCAAUGCGCAUUUGGGUUCUCGGAAUGAAGGGGAGAUGGUCAAUCAACCCCUUUAUCACAUACAAAAACAUGAACGAUGGAAGCUUCUGGGAGAGGGUUAAGCCAAGCAACUUUACUCCUGAGUCUAAGCCAAGCUGGAUGACCUUUGAUGACUUGUGGGUUGAUGAGGUCAGGAGAGGGUUCAAGGCAUGCACUGUAUUUUUGUGGUUUCCACUUUACUGGCUCACAUACAACCAGAUUAACAACAACCUAACUUCUCAGGCCGCUGUUAUGAACACUCAUGGUCUGCCUAACGACAUCAUGUCCAACCUCGACCCCUUCGCGCUUAUCAUCCUUAUUCCACUAUGCGAUCUCGUGAUUUAUCCGGCACUCCGAAAAGCUGGGAUUAGGUUCACUCCUAUUAAGAGGAUUGCCGCUGGUUUCCUGACAGGUUCUAUGGCGAUGAUCUGGGCUGCUGUUAUUCAGGGUUACCUUUACAAGCAUAGUGAUUGUGGAAGCCAUGCUGCAGAAUGCGAAACUACGGUUAAUAUAAAUGUGUGGGCGCAGACUGGAUCAUAUGUUCUCAUUGCGAUUUCCGAAAUCUUUGCCAGUGUUACUGGCUUGGAGUAUGCGUUCACCAAAGCACCAAGGAACAUGAGGAGUUUGGUUAUGUCAUGCUUUUUGGUUAUGAAUGCUAUUGCUGCUGCUAUUGGUGAAGCAUUCAUCACACUUUCAGAGGACCCAUUACUUGUUUGGAACUAUGGCUCAAUGGCUGUUAUUGCUUUCAUCUCUAUGCUCGGAUUCUGGAUCCAGUUCAGGAAUCUCGAUAAACAGGAGGAUGAGCUUAACACACUCCCGGAAGGUCAUCACGUUGGUGGAGCAAGAGACGCUGAAGAACAUGCGAUACCCCAGGCGGCAUCCCAGAACGCAUCUUAG